GUGUUCGUUAUCCAUACUACUGUAAACAUUUUCUGUUUAAAGUACAGAGUAGUGGUCGUUAUAUAUACCACUGUAAACAUUUUCUGUUUAAAGUGCAGCACAGUGGUCGUUAUCCAUACCACUGUAAACAUUUUCUGUUUAAAGUACAGAGUAGUGGUCGUUAUAUAUACCACUGUAAACAGUUUCUGUUUAAAGUACAGCACAGUGGUCGUUAUCCAUACCACUAGGAAAGUGUUCGUUAUCCAUACUACUGUAAACAUUUUCUGUUUAAAGUACAGAGUAGUGGUCGUUAUAUAUACCACUGUAAACAUUUUCUGUUUAAAGUACAGCACAGUGGUCGUUAUCCAUACCACUGUAAACAUUUUCUGUUUAAAGUACAGAGUAGUGGUCGUUAUAUAUACCACUGUAAACAUUUUCUGUUUAAAAGUAGUGGUCGUUAUAUAUACCACUGUAAACAUUUUCUGUUUAAAGUACAGCACAGUGGUCGUUAUCCAUACCACUGUAAACAUUUUCUGUUUAAAGUACAGAGUAGUGGUCGUUAUAUAUACCACUGUAAACAUUUUCUGUUUAAAGUACAGCGCAGUGUCCGUUAUCCACACCACUGUAAAUAGUUCUGUUUAA